AUGGUGAAUGUUGCAUCCGAAAAGGCAUCGUUGCUACCCGGUGGCCCCACGACGUCUGAAGCCAUCCGACCGCUUGGCCCCGAGUUGCGUGAGUUGGCCAGCAUGGCUGUGCAAAUUUCAUUGCGCCAAAUGGUGCGCCAAGUGAUGACGAUCACGGACGCUGCGUUUCAAGGCCACGUCGGCACCAAACAGUUGGCGGGUGUGGCGCUCGCGAUGGGCUGGAUGGGUGUGCCGUCAGGAUUUGUCCAAAUGUCGAUCCAAGCCAUCAGUACGCUGUGUAGCCAAGCGCAUGGCGCUGGCAACAAUCACCUCGUCGGCACGUGGCUCCAAACGGCAAUUGUGUUUGCCGUCGUAGCUGGGAUCCCGGUCAUGAUUUGGUACCAGUUUGUCGGCCACAUGAUUGCGUGGACGAUGGGCGAUCCCGAGACGGUCGAGUUCGGGGCCGCAUUUGCCCGUGUGAUGUCGCUGGGACUCAUCCCGCAGUACGUGUACGGCGCGCUGAGCACGUACUUUUCAACGCAAGGCGUGAUCAUGCCUGCCACGCUGUGCAGUGCCGUCACCAUGCUCGUCAACAUCGGCUUCAAUCAAGUGUUCAUCUACGGAGCGUUUGGGUGGGAUGGCAUCGGGUUCCUCGGGUCGCCGCUCGCGACGGUUGUCAGCACGGUGUUGCAGUUGACGCUUUUCGUUCUGUACACGAUCGUGUGGAAGGGCUACCACGUGAAGUACUGGGGCGGGUGGAGCUGGGAGUGUGUCCAUGCCGACCGCCUUCGAGCGUUCUUUGCACUGGCAUUGCCCAUGGGGGCGUCGUCUGUGGUCGACUGGGGCUCUGGGACGUUGGCGGGCUCGUUCUCGGGUUUGCUGGGUUCGACAGUUGCUGCUGCUCAAGCCAUCCUGUUGGGACUCUUUGGCGUCGUCAACUCGUGUGUGUUUGGGUUCUCUGCGGCAUCUCAAAUUCGAAUGGCUCGCUACUUGGGACAAGGCAAACCCGAGAACGCCAAGCGCGUGCUCCGUUUGGGGCUCACGAUUGUCCUGUCGUGCUCGGCAGUGCUGUGCCUCGUCCUGGGCCUGUUCAGCCGUUCUCUGUUUCGCAUCUGGAGCACGGACCCGGCCAUUCUGAACACGUGCACGUCGGCCACGCUGGCGUUCGUCGGAUGUGUCCUGGUUGCGUUCGUGCGGUUUUUGCUCACUGCAGCCAUGAACGCCCUCGCCAGGGCAGACUUGAACUUGAUUGCCAACAACAUUGCGUCGUGGGGGGUGUACGUACCACUCAGUUAUGUCUUGCCGAUAGUGUGCCACUGGGGCCUUGCCGGAUUCUGGUGGGCCGACACAGCCGGAGAGACUCUCAAGGCGUUGAUUUUGCUGUGGGGGCUCUCCCGCGUGCAGUGGUUGGAGGCGUCUGUAAACGCCCAAAAGUUUGCGCAGCAAGUGGACCCCGUUGCCGAAGAAGAGCUCGAAGUCGACGUUGCUGCCGUUGGUGGGCUCACCUUGUCGCCCAAGGCUGCUCUGUUGAGUCCGCGCCCGACCGGCCAGGAUCACGCCAUGACGUAG